AUGGCUGCUUAUGCAGCUUUGAUUUCUCUUAUGCGUAUCUUAAAAGAUAUUGAAACUCAUCCUUCCCCUCCGAUCUCUCUCGACAACCAACAAGUCCAAUCUCUCACGGAAAUAGUUACCUUCUUGCAGGAAUUUCUCGAAAGUUACAAGUCUCCAUACGAGUAUAGCGACGAAGCAGAUCCAUUGGAGAUUCGCAUUAUAGAUGCAACUCAUGCGGUUGAAGACGUGAUCGAGUCCUAUAUUAUUGACAUAAUCCAGUUUUCCGCAGAAGCAACUGACGACGGUGGUGAUAAGCAAAUCAGUUGCAUCCAUUUCUAUCAAGAUCUGCAAAAUGUGAUAGAGAAAAUGGAUUUGAUCAAGAAAGAGGUGACUGUGAUAACAAUGGCGAAGGAAGAGCACAAGAGAAAGGUGGCAUCUGAUGAUGCUGGUUUAAGAUUCAGCUCCACUGAGAAGAAGCAUCUUAUGGUUGGGUUUGAUGAUAUGCUUCUUCAACUCCUGGAUAGGCUUACUGAUCGAAAAACCAAUCGCCAGAUCAUACCUAUCGUAGGGAUGGGUGGCAUCGGCAAAACCACUCUUGCAAAAGGGAAGUUCUCACUCAAGCAGGAGGAUCCUCGACCAGUAUGGAUGGAAAAGAAUUGGAAGUAAGAUUACACAAGUCCUUAUGGGGUAGGAGGUAUCUCAUUAUAUUAGAUGAUAUGUGGAGUAUAGAUGUGUGGGAUAGGUUGAAAUUUUCCUUUCCUGAUUGCAGUGACGGUAGUCGAAUAGUAGUAACAACGAGGAUGUCGAACUUAGCUGCCCACUUGACUGAUUCGUAUAGCGUCUUUAAGAUGAGAUUUCUAAACGAAGUUAGUAGUUGGACUUUGUUCUCCAAAACUGUAUUUGGGGAACAAAGUUUUCCUACUCAUCUCGAGGAUAUUGGAAAGAAAAUUGUCGAAAAGUGUAAUGGACUUCCUUUGUCUAUUGCUGUUGUAGGAGGUCUAAUGGCUAAAUCAGAAGUUACACUAGAAUAUUGGGAGCACAUAGAGGAAAACUUAAGCUCAAUAGUGAAUGCGGAGAAUGAUGAUUAUUGUUUGAGAAUAUUGAAACUGAGCUAUAAUCACUUACCUGCCUAUCUAAAGCCUUGUUUUUUGUAUUUCGGAGUGUUUGAGGAAGACCGUGUAACUGAUGGUUCAAUAAUCAUCCGACUAUGGGUUUC